UCGGUAACGUGGGCUUCAGUUUGUGAUGGCGAAGAAUUGGAUCCGAAAAUCGACUCUAAUAAAACUAGGAUGAGUCAAAUGCAUUCACAACUAAAAGCAUCUCUGGAUAUAGUUAAAAAGUACCAAUCAUUUGAAGAAACUAUCAACGAAGGAAAUAGUGGCAUUAACACACCAAACGAAGAAGGCCACAUCUCAGAAGAGGACGACUACUCUGCCUCGGUUUCUGCUAUUAUGCAAAGGAGAGCAAGUAUUCGAGGAAAUCGAAAGAAAAGUUUCAGAAGUAGUACAAGAAAUUCCAGCCCAAUGGAUGCACUAACUAGCGCUGCAGCUGAUCGACGACGUUCGAGUGUUUUCACAACCAGUUCAGGGGAUACGGCAGCAUCUGUGGAGGAAGGACCCCAAGACUCCACUCAAGAACAAAUCAUCGAGAAUAUUCGGUUACAUAAGGAAGUCUUGCAAUCUGUAAAAUAUCAACCGUGGAGUAUGCGGAGGAAAUUGAGACUCGUGCGCCAAGCAAAAGCGUAUGUUGCGAAACAUCAAGGAGUGCUUCAGGAAAGAUUUGCAAUGUCCCGCAGUACGAAAGAUUUAUGGGCGAGAUUUAAAAUAAUGAUGACUGCUAAAUGGCAGCAUUGGCGUCGAAGUUUACGGGAUAUUGCGACAGUGCUAAUCCCAUGGGAACUACAAAUUAAGGAAAUCGAGUCGCAUUUCGGAUCCGUAGUGGCUUCCUACUUUACAUUCUUAAGAUGGCUGCUCUGGGUUAACAUUGUAAUAACUAUCAUGCUUUCAGCCUUCGUGAUUGUACCAGAGUGGAUGGGUCUCGAUAAACAAAUUAAGGAUGAAAGGAAAACACCUUUGAAAGGUGAACUGAAAAUAGCCGGGAAUUUUAUGACAAUCUGGGAAUUCAAUGGCUACUUGAAGUACUCGCCCCUAUUUUAUGGGUAUUAUUCCAAUUUUUCUGGUGCUGUUAGAUGGGGCUAUAAUCUUCCAUUAGCAUAUUUUUUAACCAGCCUAGUUGUCUAUAUUUACAGUUUUGUAGCAACGUUAAGGAAAAUGGCGGAAAACUCCAGAUCUUCAAAGCUCUCAACAAAGGAUGAUGAAUGUGUCUUCUCAUGGAAACUUUUCAGUGCUUGGGACUACAUGAUUGGACACGGUGAAACUGCUCAUAAUCGAGUUGCAUCUAUAGUUUUAGGUUUCAAGGAAGCGCUCCUUGAGGAGGCUGAAAAGAAGAAAGACAAGCGAAACUGGAAAGUGAUUCUGAUGAGGAUAAUUGUGAAUUUGCUUGUACUUGGAUUACUUGGUGCUUCUGCUUAUACAAUCAUUGUUGUUGUAGAUAGGUCAGAAAACGUGGACGAUAAUGCAUCAUGGUGGAGAAGGAACGAAAUUACCAUCGUGAUAAAUGUGAUAUCCCUAGUUCUUCCAAUGGUAUUCGAAGUUCUUGGUUUGUUAGAGAGUUUUCAUCCGCGUGAACAACUGCGCCUGCAAUUAGGAAGAAUAAUGAUUCUUAAUUUACUAAACUUGUACUCCAUGAUCUUCGCAUUGUUCUUCAAAAUAACUGAAAAGACAGACCGAUUGGAGGAACUUCGCCAAACCAUUGCGAAUGCAACGUCCGAAAGAAGAUCACUCCAAAGUGCCUUAAUGGCUUUCGAGCUCCCUACGACCUCCAGUCCAAUGUCUAUGAACCUGAUUGCCGACUUCUCAGACGCCAGUGAACAAAUAUCCUUUUCGGUGAAAAAUUUUAUGAAUGAUAUCACAACCAUAGCUUCGGAAACGGUAACCAGGUGCUACACGAUCAUGGUCAAUUGCUCAAAACCGAAAAGUUCAACGAGUAGUUUCUUAGCAACAACGUUAUUAUUAUCCAAUUUGAGCACCACUUUUAAACCUGAUGAAUGGAGGAAUGAAACCGAACCAAUGUCUCUGUCGAGCACGAUGUCUACCAGCACUACGGAAGAUCUGUCUUAUUACUAUGAUUACGGAGAGAAUGAAACUUAUUAUUACACAGAGGAGGAACGGGCAGCAAGGAGGGGGAGGUCUAUUUCGCUCAACUUUAGUAUGUACAAUGGAUUUCCAGACAAUAUCCAAAACAUGACCACAAAUGAGAGUUUUAUUGAAAACCGAACAAUCCAUUUUGAAACAAAUGAUACCCAAUUUAUACCCACAACCACAUUUUCACCCCUCAACUUAUCGGAAACAUCUGAGACAAUUCUUUCGGAAACAACAACGGAGUCAGACGAAGAUGGACUGGAACAAGACAUGCUAACCAUUGACUUUUACCCUGACUACCAAAAUGGUGAUGAGAUGGAGGAAAACUGUACUGAAGUAGUUUGUGAACCUUGGAAUGAAACAACAACCGAAUCAGAUGGUUUAUAUUCAACGACAACAGAAUUUUCAACUAGCACAGAAGUUACUACUCAGUUCGUGGAAACUCCAGCAGAAAUCCUGACCAAUUCCUCAACUGCCCUUUUGAUGGCAACUACGACAUCGAUUCCACCUGUUGUGGUUACGAAGGAAAUGCUCAAGGAUGCAAUUCGAAAUGCAACGAGAAAAUUGAGGGAUGCACGGAAAAAUCUAACUGGUCUUUGCUGGGAAACAAUGUUAGGACAGGAAAUGGCAAAGAUUCUGGUAACUGAUUUGGUGACUGUGAUUGGUAUGUCUCUGCUGCAAGACUUUUUCCGUGCGUUAUUCGUUCGAUAUAUGAACCCCUGUUGGAUUUGGGAUUUGGAAAAGAAAUUUCCCCAGUACGGAGAUUUCAAAGUCGCAGAAAACGUUCUCCAGCUUGUAUGCAACCAGGGCCAAGUCUGGUUGGGAAUUUUCUUCUCCCCUGGUCUGGCAAUUUUGAAUCUUGCAAAAUUGAUCAUUCUCAUGUAUGUCCGCCUUUGGAUCAUUUUCACAUGCAAUGUUCCACAUGAAGUGGUUUUCAAAGCAACCCGAUCGAAUAACUUUUAUCUAUCUUUACUAUUGACUAUGCUAUUUUUAUGCGUAUUGCCAGUUGGAUAUGCAAUAGUUUGGCUCACUCCUUCUUGGCAUUGUGGCCCAUUUUCAAACUAUAGCAGAAUUUCAGAAUUUUUCACCAACACCACUCGCAGUGCUCUUCCGAAGAGCCUUCAUAAACCGUUAGAGUAUAUCACCUCCUCAAGCACUGUUAUCCCCUUGCUGUUAUUACUAAUCCUUAUAAUUUACUAUCUGGUUUCUUUCACGGGAGCAUUGAGAGAAGCUAACCAAGACCUUCGAGAUCAACUGCAGAAAGAACGCGCUGAAGAACGCAAGAAAAUGUGCAAAGUCAAUACAGAAAACGAGAAAGCCGGCGAAACUGCUAAUUCUAUUGCAGCUCGUUGGAGAAAAGUUCUGGAGGCAUCAUCUCCGUUAUCUCCCACUGCACCAGCAGUUCCAGCGGAUGUUGAAGAGUCGAAGAUACAAGCCAGAAAAGAAUUACUAGGACGAAUCAUGAAGAAAGCAUUGGGUAAAGAAUCAGGAACAUCAGAUGAUGAAAGUGCAGCUAACCAACAUGGCAAUAAUGAUGGCGAAGACUCUGAUACCGAACACCAGGAUCCUUUGCCACAAGACAAGGAACUUCCCAAGCUUCCAAAGAUACCUCCAGCGGAAACUACCCGAAAAAUCAGACGACCUUCACUAAUUGACAUAGUGCAAAUGGUUCGUAGAGAGAGCAUUAACGAACCACAUCCCAUAGGUCGCUUUAAGGUUAAUCGAGAUGUUGUAGAUGCUUCUGAGAACGAUCCAGAUGUUAAUUCCAAAAUAGUCGCAGAAAGAAGGAAAAGCUUAUUAAAGAGGCAAAGGCAGCUUCACAGAACAGAUAGCACCACUCUUCCAGAAAAAGAUGAUCCAAAUGUCAACUACGAAAUAGUUAAUGAAAAGAAUAAACAAGUCGAGAAAAAAACUAAACAAAAACCAUCGGCCAAGGGUGACCCGCAAGUUUUCAAGUUCGAUGACAAAAUCAUCGAAGAAAAAUCAGAGAAGGAAAACCACAAGAAAGAAAGUCCGCCUAAAGAAAACUCGAAGAAAAAAAAGAAUAUCUCUCCCACCGAAAAAUCGAAAGGCAACAUGCCUGAACCACCCCCAAUGCCAAAAUUUGAACCUAAAUCGCCAGCACCUGCGCGAGGACGUCGUAAAAUUGGAUCUUUCUUAGCUUUAGUCAAGGAUGCAGUGAACACUAAAAAACUUGAAACCGAAAAUCAGGAUCAAUGCGAUACACCUGACAUUCCAUCUCCUUUCAGCACAUUUGAGGAACCAAUUGAAGAAAGCAUCAGAGUUAUUGCUGAAGAAGGCCUCCCUCAAACUAGUUCUUCAUCGCAGUCAGGACCAAGUAGCAAAACUAGAAGGGAAGCGACAAAUAAACGCCAAGAUUCACAAGGAUCUGUUUGGUCGGAAAACAUACCAGUUAUUACUAUUAGUAAAAGUAACAGUGAAGAGUGCAUUUUAGAAUGUAGCGAUAAAGAAGGAGAAUCGGCAAAAACUAGAUCAAACGAAAAGAGAAAAUGUAAGGUAUAG